AUGAUUCAUUUCAUUCUGCUAGUGAGUAGACAAGGAAAAGUGAGAUUAAUGAGGUGGUAUGUGCCAACAACUGUUCAGGAUCAACAGAGGGAUGCGAAAGAGGUAUCUAAUCUUGUUCUCAAAAGAGGUCAGAAGUUGUGUAAUAUUGUGGAAUGGCGAGAACAGAAGAUUGUGUACAGAAGAUACGCUUCAUUAUACUUCGUCUGCUCAAUCGAUCGAGAUGACAAUGAGCUCAUCGCGCUUGAGACUAUCCACCUCUACGUGGAAACGCUUGACAGAUAUUUUGGAAACGUGUGUGAACUUGAUGUUAUUUUCAACUUCCAUAAAGCGCAAUAUAUUCUGGAUGAAGUUUUGGUCGCGGGAGAGUUGCAAGAAUCUUCAAAGCGCGCGUUGAGUGAAUUAGUUGCCUUGUUGAAUCAGAAGUUUGCAGAGCUUUACAGCGGUAUACGGAAUUUGAGUCAAUGGAGUUUCACCACCCUAGUGGUAUGA